AGUGGCGAGCGGUUAGUCCGAGAAGUGAGCGGGGCCGGUGAAGCACCGCUGCCUUGGUCAACGCCUGAGGCCCCGGCCGUGCGUCAGAGCAGAGAGCCGCCGCCCGUGGUGGUGGGGGAAGUGGCGGCAGGCUCGCUGCAGCGGUGGAGCCGGCAGUCGGCGGAUGACCAAGGAUGCGGAGGCAGCGCGCUCACUGGACAGCAGCCGCGGCGGGACUGCAGUGACACAACACAGGUGUGCCCACUGCCGCAAUGCGCCCCCAAGUGCAAACCUGCUUGCUUCUCCUCGUCGGGGUGCUGACCAGUCCCAGCACGGGGGGAACGAUUGGCAACAGGGACGACCGUUUAUACUUGGACGGUGUGGUUGGCGCAGAUCCUUCAGGUGAGGACCCACACGCGAAUCGUCCACUUUGGAAGACCAGGCCCGGAAGCUCCCACCUACGAAAUGUCCGGGCCAGCAGUCCAGGAGUUGGAGGAGUAGAGGAGUCCAGGUUCACACUGGAGCAGGCACCCACCAACAGUGCACUGCUGCACACCUCUCCUGGGUUGGCCCAGCAGCUGGGGAGCACAGAACCACCAAUGGUGUACAGGCCCCUGCUAGACGAAGAUCAGCUCGUUGCAUUCGAACUCAACAAGUUGAAGACGACCCUGCCGCCACCAACCAACAUUUCUGGAGAAGUAACUGCUCCUGUUGCUGUAGCAGUGUCCAACCAGCCUGAAGGUGAUACGGACAUCUCGUCGCAGCUGGCAGAGCUGCUCAAAAGCAUUCUGAGCGAGUCCGAAGACCAAGAAAAAUCGAGGACGCAGCAACCGAGGCAGCCUCCCAGAGUCGACGUCACAUCAACUGGCAAACCACCCGAAAUCCACGAGUUCCGUCCACAACUAGAAGACGAUCUGAAGAGUGUCCUCAAGCUCAAACCACAACAGCCGCAACUCAAUGCUACCGUGUACCUGCCUCUGCAGCAAACUGCAAAGGUGCCUGCGAAUGACUCCGAAGAGGACUUGAAACACAUUCUUCCGACUCUCGAGGAGACACUUGGCAGUGUUUUGAAAGACAGUGAGGCUGAGGUACUUUCGUCGACCAACCGGCCGGUACUACCACCAUUACAUCCGACAGUGACGGACACCAAGCAACCGCAGCUCACGACGGAGGUGCCACUGACUGAUGCUGCAGAGGACUUGAAACACAUUCUUCCAUCUCUCGAGGAGGCACUCGGUGGCAUUUUGAAGGACAGUGAGGCUAAAGUACCUACCACAACCGGUCACUCAGUGAUACCACCAGCACGUCCAACAAUGACAGACAGCAAGCAACUGCCGCAGACAACAGAAGUGCCACCGACUGAUACUGAUGAGGACUUGAAACACAUUCUUCCGACUCUCGAGGAGGCACUCGGCAGCAUCUUGAAAGACUGUGACGUCAAGGUACCUACCACAACCAGUUGGUCAGUGAUACCACCGGCAAGUCCAACAACUACAGAGAACAAACAACCACCGGAAACGACAAAGGUGCCACCGACUCGUGCUGAAGAUGACUUCAAACACAUUCUUCUAGCUCUUGAGGAGGCAGUUGGCAGCAUCCUGAAGGAUAGUGAGGCUGGAAUAUCUAGCACAACCAAUCAGUCGGUGCUACCAUCAGCACAUCAGGCAACAAAUGACAGCAAACAACUGCUGAAGACAACAGAGGUGCCGCUGACUAGUGCCGAAGAGGACCUGAAACACGUCCGUCCAGCUCUCGAGGAAGCACCUGGCACCAUCUUGAAGGACAGUGUGGUCAAAGUACCUACCACGACAAGCCGGCUAUUGUUACCACCUUUAUCUCCAACGACAACAGACAAAAGACAACACUAUUCAGCAGUCCGGCCCCAGCCAGAGGACACCGUCCGACCCAUUCUGGAGAAAACUCUGUUGGAGCAGGAAGCAACUGCGCAACGGCAAACUUCUCCACCAUUUGUCUGGCACCACAGACCACCGAAAAAAAAGGAUUACAGUUUCGAUAACUUCCUGCCAGAGUAGGAGUGAAUGUUCAGGGAUAUUUUGCAGAACAGUGACUGUUCUCCCAAGAUGACCUCAUAGUUACUUACAUGUUCCACAGUGCAAUCAGUCUGUCUUCAGAUAAGGAGCUUCUCUUCCAGGCAGUUAAACCUAUCUAGCAGGAUGUGCUCAAUAUCCAAAAUUUGAGCCAAACAAACAGUAGGCAUAGUUGUCAAAUGUUUGAGUGACACUGGCAAACACUGUGAACCAGAUAGCUACUGUCAGAUGGGGUUAAGCUGACAGAAAAGUUAAAACGGUUUGAGAUUUAAAAAAAUUCCCAAACCCAAUGAUUGGUAGAAAGGGAGAUUAUUUUAUUUUGAAGUUAACACAUCGUGGUUCAAUGUACAGUGAACACAUUAUUUGUGUAUGUUCACAAAGCAAAUUUGUGGUCGCAUUUUCUUGUUCUUAACCUUUCUUUGUAUGUUACUCUGAAAUUUGUAUUAAAAUUUACUCAUCAUGUCA